AUGGGAGCCGACGGAGGCACGAUCCCGAAGCGCUGUGAAUUGGUUCCCAAGAAGAAGAAGACCGAGAAAAUCGAGAAGGCCGUCAAGAACGCGGUGCGAUGGAAGAAUUGCCAGGUGUCGCAGCAGCCGCUCAAGAAGCCGAUCAUCGCCUGCAGAUUCGGCCGCCUCUACAACAAGGACGCCGUCAUCGAGGCCAUCCUGAACAAGACGAUCGCCAAGGUCGAGAACACCGCGCACAUCAAGGGCACCAAGGACUUCAAGGAGUUGCGCCUCACCGACAACAAGGAUUUCAACACGGAAGGGGUGAAAGGAGACGGGUACCAAGACCUGAACGUGACCCCCUACAUUUGCCCCAUCACCACGGCGCCGAUGAACGGCAACCAGAACUUUGUCGUCAACUGGAAGUGCGGAUGCGUCUUUUCCGAGAAGGCCUUGAAUGAGAUCAAAACCGACGCUUGCCACGGCUGCAAUGGCCCGAUCAGCGCCGAUGAUAUGGUGGUGCUCUACCCGGACGAUGAGCUGCUCGAGAAGUACAAGGAGCGCCUCGUCGCCGAGCGGAAAGCGGCCAAGGAGAAGAAGGCGGCGAUCAAGGCCGAGCCGAAGGAGGCAUCGCCCGACGACCUCAAGAACCCCAGUGCCGCCGGAGCCGCUAAUCAAAUCAAAAAGCCCGCCGCGCCGAAGCGCAAAAUGGAAAUCGCGCCGCUGAAGGGCGCCUCGGCGGCCAAGAAGGCCGUCUCCAUCCAGGACGACCCGAACACUUCGGCCGCCUACAAGAACCUGUUCACCAGCUGCGAGGCGGCGCGGAACAAGCCCGAGCAGCACUGGGUCACGCAUAACCCGCUAUUCUAU